UCUCGGCCGGGUCCGUGGCGGUACUGCUUGGCUGCAGGGAGCUCGGCCGCCGUAGCAGUCUCGCCGGCUCCCUUCAAGCCCGCUGAGCUCUGAUGGGGACCGCUUCGCCUGCUGGGCCCGGAGGAUUGGGAGAGGCGUCUGACGAGGCUCUAGAUCCUCGCUGCAGCGGGGGCUCGGCCCGGGCCCCGGCCCGGAAGCAGAGAGUCCCCGGACUCACCCGAUGGAAGUGAGAAUGACCUCAAUAGCGAAGUUUGAUGAGCGCUUUAUGGCCCAAGUAGGGUCGUUACGUUUACUGAAAGGGGAGCAGCAAGAGCAAAAACCCCCGAGGUGUGAAAUAGCCCUGCACCCAUGGGGCAAAGGGGUCAUCUUGCGGGAAACCCAGAGAACUGAGGAAGCAAAGGGAAAGAAGGCGAAGAGAUGGGCGGGGCGGGGAGUUCGUACUGUAUCUUGAGGACGGUGGGAAAUCUCCGAAGGAGUUGAAGCAGGGAAGUGAUGGGUGAAAAUCUGCACGUUCCCGGGUUUGCUCUAGUUGGCUGCGCGGAGAAGAGGGAGGCCAGCUAGGAAGCUGCUGCAGUAAUCCUGGCGCCAAGAUGCGCGUCCGCAGGAAGGGUGAGGAGGUGGGCUGGCAGAGGAGGUGGACGACAAAGUUCUUCAUGCUGCUUUUAUUCCUUUUGGAGACAUCACAGAUAUUCAGAUUCCUCUGGAUUAUGAAACAGAAUGAAUCUGAGCUCUUUGGACGGACGAUUCGUGUCAAUUUGGCAAAACCAAUGAGGAUUAAGGAGGGCUCUUCCAGACCAGUGUGGUCAGAUGAUGACUGGCUGAAGAAGUUUUCUGGGAAGACUCUUGAAGAGAAUAAAGAGGAGGAAGGGUCGGAGCCUCCCAAAGUGGAAAUCCAGGAGGGAGAGCCCGCUGUCAAAAAGGCCCGGUCAAAUCCUCAGGUGUACAUGGACAUCAAGAUCGGGAACAAGCCAGCCGGCCGCAUCCAGAUGCUGCUGCGUUCAGACGUUGUUCCCAUGACAGCAGAGAAUUUCCGAUGCCUGUGCACCCACGAGAAGGGCUUUGGCUUUAAAGGAAGUAGCUUCCACCGCAUCAUCCCCCAGUUCAUGUGCCAGGGCGGCGAUUUCACGAACCACAACGGCACGGGGGGCAAGUCCAUCUACGGGAAAAAGUUCGAUGAUGAGAACUUUAUCCUCAAACACACGGGACCAGGCCUGCUCUCCAUGGCUAACUCCGGCCCCAACACCAACGGCUCCCAGUUCUUCCUGACGUGUGACAAGACGGAUUGGCUGGAUGGCAAGCACGUGGUGUUCGGGGAGGUCACAGAAGGCCUGGAUGUCCUGCGGCAGAUCGAGGCUCAGGGCAGCAAGGACGGGAAGCCAAAGCAGAAGGUGAUCAUCGCCGACUGCGGGGAAUACGUGUGAGUCUGCACGCUCCGUGUCUGCACCGCCCUGCGUCCCGGAGCGGUCACCCCGUCUCGGGGCAUUGGUCCCCUCUGGGCAAGCAGGGCUUUGUGUCCCGGCUCCUGGGAUCCACUUGGAGCGGCUCUUGUGCCGAGGCGGCCCGGGCUUCCUCUGGCUCUCCCUGGGGCGGCCAUGGGCCAGGAGGGCAGAGGCGCCGCGUCUUCCAGGCCUCUGCUGCCGCAGCUGCUCCUAAGCCCACCCAUGUGGCUCCCAGACGUCGCUUCUGCUAAAAUAAAUCCUACUUCUUGUCCUGCCGA